AUGGCGCUCGUCGAGAUUGACCCCCAGAUUCUACCGAAUCUGAAGCUGAGUCUCCAUUCGUUCCAGAUCAUCUUGGCCUUUCUGGCGUGGUGUUUGGAGAUUGCCGUUUUCCGCGGCGACACCUCCAGGAUUCUGGGAACAAAUGGAUGGACCUUUGCAGUCUGCUUCCUUUCCAUCCCGGCGUGGAUCUAUCUUGUCAUGACUCCUCGAUUCGGCCGCACUCGCAGAUUUGCCAACCCGUAUAUUAUGCUUGCCGUUGACGGUCUCUUCAUCAUCAUCUGGAUCUCUGCCUUCUCCACCCAAGCUGCGUACAACAGCUCUGGCAGUUGCGGUGGCAGCUGUGGCAUUAGCAAGGCUAUUGUUGCCGUCGGAGUCUUUGUCACUCUUCUCUGGAUAGGAACUACAUUCCUCAGUGCAUACACUCUGCAAUAUUACAACUUCCAUGGCACGUUACCAGGCUACGAUAGUCGCAAAAUCAGUGGCAGCGAGAACAUCGACCCUGACAAGGCUGCUUUCUCCAUGGCGCCCCACGAUGAAGAAGCUUAUGAGCGAGUCAACAUGGACGACCACGAUGGUCCGGGCGCUUACGACGACCACAACACCAGCAUGAACAGCCGCUACGGUGACAACACCCCUUACAACCCUGAUGACUUUGACGAUCCCAACCGCUAUGGUGCUCUGCCGCCACGAACCAACAGCACCCCCCUUUUCGACAGUGAAACUGAAUACCAUGGAAGCGCUCUCGGCACUGAUAUCAGCCACCAUAAGACGCCGUCGCCCGGCCCUUACAGCGGUAACCACGCAGACACUUAUGCCGAUGGCCCGGUGCAGUUCCCCACUGGUCACUACGACCGGAUAGAGUCUUGA